GCGACGUCGACGUCGUCUUCUGACAGGAAUGACGGAAAUGUCAACAUUACAAGAUAAAUAAAUAAAACCAUAAACUAAACUACAAUAAUGAAAUUUACCGAACAUCUUUCGGCUCACAUCACUCCAGAAUGGAGGAAACAAUAUAUACAUUACGAAGAAAUGAAAGCAAUGUUGUAUGCAGCCGUAGAACAAGCACCGUCGGCUGAAGUGGUGGAACCGGAAAUUUUGACUCGAUAUUUCGCCAAAUUUGACGAGCAGUUCUUUUCUUUUUGCGAUAAAGAGCUGACCAAAAUUAACACAUUUUAUUCUGAAAAGCUCGCGGAAGCUACUCGAAAAUAUGCGGGUUUAAAGAGUGACCUCACUGAAGCACAGGAUGUUGAAUAUCCAAGAAAGAAAAAUUCCAUUAAAAAUAAUAUUUUAAGAAAAAGAAAUGUACCUGCAAAGAAAAUACAAGAACUGAAAUUAGCUUUUAGUGAAUUUUAUUUGAGUUUAAUAUUGUUACAAAAUUAUCAAAAUUUAAAUUUUACGGGUUUUAGAAAAAUUUUGAAAAAACACGACAAGCUAUUAAAUGUAGAUAUCGGUGCAAAGUGGAGGGUGGAAUAUGUGGAAAGUUCUCAUUUUCACACAAAUAAGGACAUUGAUAGGGUAAUUAGAGAAACUGAAGCUACAGUAACACAGGAGUUGGAAGGAGGAGAUCGUCAAAGGGCUAUGAAAAGACUCAGAGUACCACCCUUGGGCGAACAACAGAUUCCAUGGACCACUUUUAAAGUUGGUUUAUUCUCCGGAGCGUUUGUAGUUCUCAUGAUAGCGGUUAUCAUAUCUGCUAUAUUCCACCAACGUCGAGAUGAUUGGCGAAUUGUUUGUCGCUUGUAUCGAGGUCCUUUUUUAAUAAUUGAGUUUUUAUUUCUUUGGGGAAUUAAUAUAUAUGGUUGGAGGUCCUCCGGAGUUAAUCACGUAUUGAUUUUUGAAAUGGACCCAAGAAAUCAUCUUUCAGAACAACAUAUUAUAGAAAUGGCAGCAAUAUUCGGUGUUAUAUGGUCUGUUUCCGUGCUUUCAUUUCUAUACAGUUCCGAAUUGAGCAUUCCAGCUUACAUUAACCCUUUUGUUUUGGUGGUUUUGAUGUUGGCGUUUCUUUUUAAUCCUACACGAACCUUUAGACAUGAAGCCAGAUUUUGGGCUCUUCGAGUUCUGGGAAAAGUAUUAAUGGCUCCCUUUUUUUACGUGACCUUUGCUGAUUUUUGGAUAGCGGACCAGUUGAACAGUAUUGUCAAUCUUUUCACAGAUAUGCACUAUUUCGUAUGUUUUUACAUAACUAAUCCAAGUUGGUCGGUUGGACAAGACACAAACUACUGUGUAGAAAAACAUCUGGUUAUAAGACCUUUUAUGGCGUGUUUACCUGCAUGGUUUAGGUUUGCUCAAUGCUUGAGAAGAUACAGGGAUACUAGGGAAGCAUUUCCUCAUUUAGCUAAUGCUGCAAAGUACGCCACAUCAUUUUUCGUUGUCAUUUUUACUGCCCUAAAUACGAUUUACUCAGGUAACUCUGGAAUGAUGGGGAGUCCAUUUUUUUAUCUUUGGAUAACAGCAUCUUUGAUAAGUUCUUGCUACGCAUACACAUGGGACAUAAAAUUGGACUGGGGGCUAUUCGAUUCCAAAGCUGGUGAUAACAAGUUCCUGAGGGAAGAAAUCGUUUAUUCUUCUACGUGGUUCUAUUAUUUCGCAAUAAUAGAAGAUUUUAUUUUACGAUUUGGAUGGGCUUUUUCGAUGUCGCUAACAGAAAUGGGAUACAUUCACGCCGACUUGAUGGUUACGAUUCUAGCGCCCUUGGAAGUUUUUAGGAGAUUCGUCUGGAAUUUUUUUCGAUUGGAAAACGAACAUCUUAAUAAUUGUGGAAAAUUUCGGGCUGUUAGAGAUAUUUCGGUUGCGCCAUUAGACACUUCUGAUCAGAUGCUUAUCGUAAGAAUGAUGGACGAAGAAGAUGGGGUUGUUAAUAGAAGAAAAAAGAAGACUGGAGGAAAAAAGAAGGACGAGGGGAGAUACGCUGUUGAAGGAGAAUCAACAGAUGACAUGGACAACUAAUAGAAAUAAUGCAUUUAUAUGAAAUUAAGUACAUUCAGAGUAUUAUGUAUGUAGUAAGUUUCA